UGUCAGGCGACAAGUUGCGGGUAGGAAAGCCCUUAGACACUUCUGGAAACUUCCCGUGACGAAGCUUCUUCUUCUUCUUUCUCCUUACCCUUCUGUGGCGGCUUGCUCCGUACGCUGAUCAGAGGAUCCUUUUCGAUCUUUGACUAGGACCGAUUCUUCCAUCGAGUCGAUUGGUUGUUCUGCGAGUCUUCUUCCUCCGCCAGAUUCGUUUUCUCCGAGAUUCGGUGGCGUAGUCGUGAUGGUGGCGGUGGAGUGUUGCACGGCAAAGACGGCGGUGGAUGGGAAGGGUUUGACCGGGAUCGAGGAGGAGUUCAUCAGGAGAUAUCACGCUCACGAGGUUAUGGAGCAUCAGGGUAGCUCGUCUCUCGUUAAGCACAUCAAAGCUCCUCUUCCUCUGGUCUGGUCCUUGGUACGAAGCUUUGAUCAACCGCAAAAGUAUAAACCAUUUGUUAGCAGAUGUGUAGUGAGAGGUGAUCUUCGUGUUGGAAGUGUUAGAGAAGUGAAUGUUAGGUCGGGGCUUCCAGCUACAACCAGCACUGAGAGGUUGGAGCAUUUGGAUGAUGAAGAGCAUAUCUUCAGCAUGAGGAUAGUGGGAGGAGAUCACAGGUUAAAGAACUACUACUCUGUGGUCAGUGUCCAUCCCGAGGUCAUAGAUGGGAGGCUCGGGACCUUAGUGAUAGAGUCAUUUGUAGUAGACAUACCAGAAGGGAACACCAAAGAAGAGACAUGCUACUUUGUUGAAGCCCUCAUCAAAUGUAACCUCAAGUCGCUAGCAGAUGUCUCGGAGCGAUUGGCUUUGCAGGGCGGUACAGAAACCAUCAACAGAAUCUGAGCUUCUCGGGUUCCUCGGCUUGAAAACCACCAGUAACAAUCUUCGGAGUUUGAGCUGCUCGGUUAAAGGAGGGUCUGCUCUCUUGUGUCUGAAAAUGUAAUAGAUCCUAGUGGGAGUCCUGUUUGAAACCAUUUUACUGUACAGCUCAGCUUUUGUUAUGUGUCCGAAACUCAAUAGGUCUCUGGUUCUGGACUCAUCUUUUUAUACCCUUACAGGUAUUGGAGUGUGAAUCAAACGUCGAGUGAUUUGGAUUCGGAUUGUGUCUGUAAAUAUGUCCUCAUGACAUGAACUCUCGCUUCAUAGUAGAGUUUCUUGUUAGA